AUGAAGGAUCCCUUCCCCCUCCAGCCCUCUCCCCGCAUCAAAAUCGCCAUCGACCACUACCUCAGCCGCGUCGCGGAGCCGCUCGACCUCUCUACCCUCCACUACCACUCUCACGAGGUCGCCCUCGCCUUCCUCUUCUACAACUUCAUCUACAACCGCCUGUCGCCAUGGAUCUCUAUGAAGCUCUGCCCGCGCACCUACGCCAAUCUGCCGCGCAAGACCCGCCUCAACUGGGACAUCCACGUCGUCUCGUUCGUCCAGAGCGUCCUGAUCAGCGCCAUGGCGCUGUACGUCGUCGCGGUCGAUGAGGAGCGGAAGGUCAUGGGGCUGGCGGAGAACUGGCCGGAAAGGAUCUGGGGGUACGACGGCGGAUUGGGGUUGAUCUUGGCGUUUGCAUGUGGGUAUUUCGCGUGGGAUUUGGCCGUCAGCCUGCUCCAUGCAGAUAUGUUUGGAUUCGGCAUUUUGGCACAUGCGGUUUGUGCUCUGACGGUGUUUACACUUGGUUUCCGGCCAUAUGCUAAUUACUUUGGGCCGACCUUCAUCCUCUACGAGCUGUCCACACCCUUUUUGAACAUCCACUGGUUCUGCGACAAGUUGAACCUUACGGGGUCCCGGAUACAGCUGAUCAACGGCAUCAUUCUCCUCUGCACCUUCUUCAGCUGCCGCCUCGUCUGGGGAACCUAUUCCUCCAUGCAAGCCUUCUCCGACAUUUACCGCGCCUGGACCGCCGACAAGGAUGAACUCGCCCUCUACCUCGACCGCCGGACGGCGGCCCUCCUCCCUGGCUCCGAAGACACCAUGCGGUACGCCGGCGAAAUGCACAUGCCCGCCUGGCUCGGCGCCACCUACCUCGCCGCCAACCUAACCCUCAACUCGCUGAACUUCUUCUGGUUCAACAAGAUGAUCCAGACGAUCCGCAAGCGGUUCGAUCCGCCGUUCGGGACGCGGCGCGCCGAGAAGGGGAAGGGGAAGGCGGAGGAACCGGCGGAUGGGGGGGUGCUGGUGGCGAGUGAUGUGCAGGUGGGGCGCGGGGUGGGUGCGGAGGGGAGGAAGUCAGUGGAGGUGGAGGCGACGAGGCGGGUUAGGAGGCGGAAUAGCUUUGAUGAGAUUGCGGAUGAGAUUGCGGAGGCAAUGGAGGGGAUGACGGGGGAUGAUAGCGAGCUUGUUGGGGGGCUAUAG